AAAUAUCUCCCUGGCAAAGAGCAUUUAUUUUGUUUGUUCAUCGAUCGUAAACUAUGGCGCUUGUGAGAGCAGCUCAAGGAACAUCCUCUGAUUCCAACACUCAUUGGGGUUACCGUUACGAUGUUUUCUUGAGUUUCAGAGGUGAAGACACUCGCAGGACUUUUACCGACCACCUCUACACAGCCUUGAACAACGCAGGAUUUCUCACCUUCCGAGAUGACGACGAACUUGAGAGAGGAGAAGAUAUCAAGCCAGGACUACAGAAAGCAAUCCGUCAAUCACGAACGUCUGUUGUCGUGUUUUCGAAAGAUUACGCGUCAUCCAGAUGGUGCCUUGAUGAGCUUGUCAUGAUCCUUGAACGCAAGAGGACUACCUCGGACCAUGUAGUAUUACCAGUCUUCUACGAUGUCGAUCCAUCCCAUGCGAGGAAGCAGACGGGAAGCAUCGGAAAAGCAUUUGCAAGACACGAGAAAACUCAGUCGCCGAAUAAGGUGCGGGGAUGGAGGGAGGCACUUGCAGAGCUUGCUGAUCUAGCAGGGAUGGUCUUAUCAAAUCAAGCUGAUGGGUACGAGUCAAAGUUUAUCACAAAAAUUAUUAAGGUGAUUGGUGACAAGCUAAUUCGCACACCCUUGGCUGUUGAAUCCAACUUGAUUGGAAUCCAAUCUCGAGUCAAACACAUCAAUUUAUGGUUACGAGAUGGAUCAACUGAUGUUGGUAUAGUUGCUGUGCAUGGGAUGUCUGGAAUAGGGAAGACAACAAUUGCUAAAUAUGUUUACAAUUCAAAUUUUACAAGUUUUGAAGGGAGCAGCUUUGUUGAAAAUAUCAGAGAAACGGCAAGUCAACCGAACGGGUUAGUUCAAAUGCAAAUGCAACUUCUUUAUGAUAUUUUGAAGGGGAAGGAGGAGAAAGUGCACAGUGUCAGUGAAGGAAUAAGUAAGAUUGUAAGAGCCAUAAGCUCUAGAAGAGUUCUUCUUGUUCUUGAUGAUGUAGACCAUAUGGACCAAUUAGAUGCAGUACUACGGAUGAAAGAUCGGUUUUAUCCUGGAAGUAAAAUAAUCAUAACAACAAGGCGUGAAAGGUUGCUAAAGGCACAUCAAGUUACUAAGGUCCACGGAGUUGAAACUUUGGAUUACGAUGAAUCGUUGGAGCUCUUAAGCUGGCAUGCGUUUGGCCAGGACCAUCCCCCUGAAGGUUACAUGGAAUAUUCAAAAAAGCUAGUGCGGCAUACUGGAGGACUUCCAUUAGCUCUUCGAGUUUUGGGUUCUUCUCUGUUAGGUGAAAGUAUGGGUGUGUGGGAAAGUGCAUUGGAGAAGCUAGAAGUUAUUCCUAAUGGUGAAAUCAUGAAUAAACUAAGAAUAAGCUAUGACAGUUUACAAGAUGAGCAUGAUCGGAAAUUAUUCCUCCACAUUGCUUGUUUCCUAAUAGGAAGGCACAAAAACUACAUUGUUAGAAUACUAGAUGGAUGUGAUUUCUAUACAACUGUUGGCAUUCAAAAUCUCAUUGAUAGAUGCUUGGUGAAAAUUGAUACAGACGACAAGGUGAACAUGCACGAUCUAAUUUGUGAUAUGGGAAGAGAAAUAGUUUGCCUAGAAUCAGAAGAGCCUGAGAAACGUAGUAGACUAUGGCGUCGUAAGGAUUCCUUCCAAGUACUGAGGGAAAAGACUGGUACACAAACAAUCCAAGGUCUUGUCCUGGACAUGCAUUGGCAUCCUGCAAACAGUCCAAUAAACACAAAUGAGACAGUCUUUGAAACCAAUGCAUUUGAAAGGAUGCACAAAUUACAACUACUCCAUCUUAGACGUGUACGGCUAGAGGGAUGUUACGUAAAUUUCCCUACAGGAUUAAGAUGGUUGUGUUGGCCUGAAUUUCCUUUGGAUUCUGUACCCAUUGAUUUUCCUUUGGAGUGCCUAAUUGUUCUUGAAAUGCAAUAUAGUAGCUUGACACAAGUCUACAAAGGAACAAAAUUUCUUCCUUCAUUGAAGAUCCUUGAUGUGAGCCAUUCUCAUGGCCUUAGUCAAACCAUGGAUUUCUCAUACUGCCCCAAUCUAGAGGAAUUGAUUCUUGUAGAUUGCGAAAGCCUGCUUGAUGUUCAUGAAUCCAUUGGAAACCUAGAGAGACUUGUGUACUUGAAUAUGGAGGAUUGCAAGAAUCUUAGGAUGCUUCCUAACAUGUGCAUGCUAAAAUCACUUGAAACACUCAAUUUAUCUGGUUGCUCAAAUCUUAAUGAGAUGAUGAAGAAGAUGGAAUCCGUGAAAGUUCUCGAAACAGAUGGUAUUUUAAGCGAAUUACGGCCUGGUAAAAGUUCGAGUAUCUUGACUUAUUUGCCAUGUUCUUUAGUAAAGUUAAACCUUAGUAGGUGCAACCUUUCUGAUGAUGCCUUUGCUACGGAUUUAAGUAAUCUAUCCUCGUUGCAAUAUCUACGUUUAGAUGAUAACCCAAUUUCUAGCCUACCUAUUUUCAUCAAAGGUUUGAGGAGGCUCUAUUCUCUCUCUUUAUCGGGAUGUAAGAGGCUGGAAUCUCUCUCUUUAUCGGGAUGUGAGAGGCUCCAUUUUCUCCAUUUAUCGAGAUGUAAGAGGCUCGAAUCUCUCUCUUUUUCGGGAUGUGAGAGGCUCCAUCUUCUCGAUUUAUUGGAAUGUAAGAGGCUCGAAUCAGUUGUGGGGUUGCCGAAAAUUGAAAUCAUUGUCGCAAAUCGUUGCAUAUCAUUAAAAACUAUAACAUAUCAAGCCAAUGAGUUGAGAGCAUUGACCUAUCUGGGUGAGAACCGCAAUGUAAUUGAGUGGGAGUACUAUCACAAGUUAGAACCUAUUGGCAGAGUUGAUGUGGAAAUGAUGAAACUUUUCAGCUUGCACAACUUGGAAAUGAGGAAACGUUUCGGCUUGCAAAAUUUUAAACAUGUUGAUUGGAUUUGGAGUCCAGUUCAGGGACUGCAUCAACAAGGUAUAUACAGCACAAAUUUUACUGGGAAUGAGGUUCCUGGCCGGUUCAGCUAUAGAAGUACCAAGUCCUCAAUUUCUUUUAUUGUGCCUUUUCUUGCAAGUCACAAAAUUCGAGGCUUGAACAUCUUUGCUACCUAUGCAAACGAGAAGAAUUGGUUUUAUUCGGGUAAUCCAUUUAUAAGGAUUGAAGUGAGCAACAAGAGCAAGGGUAUGACGUGGGUCUAUGGACCAAGACUCUACGGUUGUCCAAGAGGAAGAGGAGAUGAUGUGACAUGGUUGAGCCAUUGGACAUUGGACAAUGAAACAAUAAUAUUAGAAUGUGGAGAUGAAGUGGUUGUUUCCGUAAUGACGAGGAGACCUUAUGAGAGAUUUUGGGUAAAGGAGUUCGGGGUUGAGCUUGUGCAAGAGCACCAAGACAAGAUGAGUACCCAACACAACACCACUCCAGAUCCUAAUGAUCCAUUUGUCAUCGGUGGAGAUUUGUCGUCACCGCCAGAGCCUAUAUCAGGAGAAUAUUUCUUGCACUGGUUCAGUGCAGAAGAAAUGAAAAAUACUGAUUUUUGUAGGCCGAAAUGGUUGAAUACCCUCAUCAUGGACUCAGACAAAGAAGAAGAGCAACGGAACGAUCUUGAUCAGAAAAUUGCAGCAGCGAGUGCCAGAGGCAAUAAGUGCCAUCUGGGAGGAUGGAGGGGGCUAGUCACUGCUGCCAUCUUCCUUCUCACGCUAACUCAAAUCGUUCGGCCCUCCAUCUCUCAGAAAAAGAAGCGACAGUAGUCAAAAAGCCCUCCAUGAGUUUUUAAUUUUACAAGAUACAGACAUCUCUACAUUAUCACCUUGUCUUCAAGAUGUUCUCUGCCUUCAAACACAAGACUUGGAGUUCAUAACUAAGCCAUGUUAACCGCUUGGGAUAUGAAAGACCCUUGCUAUUAGAUAAAUGUCUUCAGCAUCAUCAAAUAUUGUGUACAUUAUGGCAUUAGCGUUACCAAAUUUUUCUUCCCUGCCA